UAGUAGAAUGUCGAUUACUCGGGCCGGGUAGAGAAAAUUGCGAAGAGAAAGGGGGCCAGUAAAGUUCCUCAUAUCGUUCUUCUUUUGCCUAAAUUGGCUGUGCCGGUUCGCCUGGCUUGUGCCGCCUGCCCGGCUGAGCCGAGAGCUCUGCCUCUGGCUUGUAUAUGUGGGACUGUGAAUCUGCGAUGCAUGAAUUUGUGAUUCACAAUAGCGGCCUUUAUCUUUUUCGUAAAAUUGCGUCACCCCUCACCGGAAAUAUUGGAAUAUUGGAUCUGCUACGGGCUGUAAUGAUCUCCAAAGCUUUACUCCGUGUACAAUUUUCAAUCAGCAAGUCGGUCAUAAGGCGCCUAUCUUCAGCUGCCUCUGAUUUCCGCCCCGCAGCACACAACAACUCCGUCGACGAACCUGAGGGCAGUAAAAGCGCAUUGUGUCUUAACGCUGGCAACUACGCUCGUCCUUCGAAUGUAAUAUGGUCGAAGCGGCUUCAUAACUCGGUCAGCUUUAUUGGAACUGUGGCAUACCCUCUAAAGAAAUUUGCUACCGGAAGUGACAAAUUCGGAGUUCACUCUAGUCUUCGUGUCAAAACUUCUAUUGAUUCCCACACCUCCUUCUGGAUAACAUUUCAGAUGUGGGAUGAGUUGGCUGAGAGAGCUUUCCUGCAUCUGAAGCCAAAUGAUUGCAUAUACAUAUCUGGUGAGCUGGGAUCAUACACAAAAUCAAAUUCGGAAGGAGUAGAUAUACUGCGAUACAAGGUGAUUGCAAAGGAAUUAAAUUAUGCUAAGCUAGAUGAACCUGCAAAAGACAUCCAAAGAGUGGUGGAUUCAGGAGUAGGGACUGGUGAAUCUAGCAUAGAAAAGUACAGAAAUCGGCUUCAACUAUGGCAAAUGUUCUUCGCCAAUCCAAGUGAGUGGUAUGAUGAUCGGGAAAAAAAGAAGAAUCCAAAGCAACCAGAUUUUAGGCACAAGAGUACUGGUGAAGUGCUUUGGCUCAAUGCUUCUAAUCCGCCAUGGGUUAAAAAACAAGUUGAACUGCUCGACUCUAGACUUUCAGGUAGACCAAAGAAUGAUGCGCCUUCCACAUUUUCUCCAUCUAGAUGGCUGCCUGACUACUGAUGAGGAGUUGGUACCAAAAUCUACUUUAAGCAGUGUAGAUAGUGAAUCGUACAAGUGAAUCAUGCCAAGAUUUGCCUGUCAGAUUCUAUUUAUUUAUUUUUAGUUUUGUUUUCUCUGAAA